AUGUCUCUUCAGUCUCCAUUGAUUGUUGAAGAAACGAAACGGAACAGCAAGGAAGAAGAUAGAAGAGAGUUGAUUGAAGAAGUCAAAAAACAGUUAUGGCUAUCAGGACCGUUAAUUUCAGUUACGCUUUUGAAUUUUGGUAUCAAUCUUAUUUCAGUUAUGUUUGUUGGUCAUCUUGGUGAAUUGUCUCUUUCUGGUGCUUCCAUGGCUACUUCUUUUGCUUCUGUCACUGGCUUCAGUUUAUUGGUUGGAAUGGCAAGUGCCUUGGACACAUUAUGUGGACAAUCAUAUGGCGCAAAGCAGUACCACAUGUUAGGAGUACACAUGCAGAGAGCAAUGUUAAUUCUCAUGAUCGUCGCGAUUCCACUUGCGGUUAUUUGGGCAAACACAAAAUCCAUUCUCAUUUUACUUGGGCAAGAUCCUGAAAUAUCUGCAGAAGCUGGCAACUAUGCUAAGUUAAUGGUUCCAUGCCUUUUUGCCUACGGUCUUCUACAAUGCCUCAACAGAUUCUUACAGACACAAAAUAUUGUAUUUCCAAUGAUGUUUAGCUCUGCAGUUACGACAUUACUGCACCUUCCUUUAUGUUGGUUUAUGGUGUACAAGUCUGGAUUAGGUAGCAGUGGGGCUGCCAUAGCAAACUCUAUAUCCUAUUGGAUCAAUGUUACCAUACUCGCACUCUAUGUCAAGUUUUCUCCUUCAUGUAAAGAAACUUGGAAUGGAAUUUCCAAGGAGGCACUAGCACUUAACAACAUCCCUAUUUUCUUGAAGCUUGCCAUUCCUUCAGCUCUAAUGGUUUGCUUGGAAAUGUGGUCAUUUGAAUUAAUGGUUCUCCUUUCCGGUCUUCUUCCAAAUCCAAAGCUAGAAACAUCAGUACUUUCUAUCUGUUUGAAUACAUCAGCGGCUACUUGGAUGAUCCCAUUUGGACUUAGUGGAGCAAUAAGCAUUCGUGUUUCGAAUGAACUCGGGGCUGGUAAUCCACGGGCCGCACGUUUGGCAGUGUGUGUCGUUGUGGUGAUUGCCAUUAUUGAGAGCAUCUUAGUCGGAACAGCGAUAUUACUAAUACGCAAUAUAUGGGGCUAUGCUUAUAGCAAUGAAGAAGAAGUUGUCAAAUAUGUAGCAACUAUGUUGCCAAUUCUUGCUGUAUCCAACUUCCUGGAUGGGCUACAAUGUGUUCUUUCAGGCACUGCUAGAGGAUGCGGUUGGCAGAAAAUAGGUGCUUAUGUCAAUCUGGGAGCAUACUAUUUAGUUGGGAUUCCGGCGGCCAUUUUAUUAGCUUUUGUAUUGCAUGUUGGCGGGAAGGGUCUGUGGCUGGGGAUCACAUGUGCUCUCAUUGCUCAAGUAAUUGCUCUAAUGAUCAUUACGAUACGCACGGAUUGGGAGAAAGAGGCAAACAAAGCCACUGAUAGAGUCAAUGAUUCUAUAACAACAGAGAGCUUAGUCUCAUGA